CAUGCAUCAAUCACACACCUUGUGGUGAAAGGGAGCUGAAUGCACUGAUAAAUUUCUGACUCCUCCCUGACCUUCAGCCUGCUAGGGGAGAGACUGGAAGGCCAGCCAUGCUAGGUGACAAGCUUCUGAGAGGUGAAGUUCCCCUCCCUGUGACAGUGACAUACCCAGCCACCAUUCCUGUUGGGGGGGUAGCACCCUGGGAGCUGAGUAUCUGGAUGAUGGUGGAGGUGUUAGGGAUAUGGCCAUCCCUGCAACAGGCAGCAGAGCGGCCCGAAUCUGAGAAGCUCUGCCCUCCGGAUCAGAUAACAUAUCGCACUCCCAGAGGCCCCCUCCUCCUGAAAGGACUUUAGUCUUUGGAGCUGUCACCUGAGCUGAGCAGGACAAGAGCUCUGCCGGGCCACGAAGUGAAGGAAGGAGGAAACCCAGGCCAGGGCUGCCUGCUGCCCGCCGGAGACCCCACCAUGGAGCCAGGCGCGACCCGUCAGCGUCUGCAGAGGACAGAAGGGCUGGGAGGGGAGCAGGAGCAGCGACCCUGUGGAAACAGCGAUGGGGAGUGGCGACCCUGUGGAGACAGAGAUGGAAACACUGAGACGCACAAAGCCCCGGACUUGGUGCAAUGGACCCGACACGUGGAGGCUGUGAAGGCACAAUUGCUGGAGCAAGUGCAGGGACAGCUGAAGGAGCUGCUGGAUCAGGCCAUGUGGGAGGCCAUACAAUCCUACCCAUCACAGCACAAACCUCUGCCCCCUGCUCCCCCAGACUCCUUGAGCAGGACCCAGGAGCCAUCCCUGGGAAAACAGAAAGUUUUCAUCAUCCGCAAGUCCCUGCUUGAUGAGCUGAUGGAGGUGCAGCAUUUCCGCACCAUCUACCACAUGUUCAUCGCUGGCCUGUGUGUCUUCAUCAUCAGCACCCUGGCCAUCGACCUCAUUGAUGAGGGCAGGCUGCUGCUGGAGUUUGACCUACUGAUCUUCAGCUUCGGACAGCUGCCGGUGGCGCUGGUGACCUGGGUGCCCAUGUUUCUGUCCACCCUGCUGGUGCCGUACCAGGCGCUGCGGCUGUGGGCCAGGCCGGGGGCUGGGGGCACCUGGGUGCUGGGGGCGGGCCUGGGCUGCGCGCUGCUGGCUGUCCACGCCGUGGUCCUCUGCGCGCUGCCGGUCCACGUGGCUGUGGAGCAUCAGCUCCCGCCGGCCUCCCGCUGUGUCCUGGUCUUUGAGCAGGUUAGGUUCCUGAUGAAAAGCUACUCCUUCCUGAGAGAAGCUGUGCCUGGGACCCUUCGUUCCAGAGGAGGUGAGGGGAUCCAGGCCCCCAGUUUCUCCAGCUACCUCUACUUCCUCUUCUGCCCAACUCUCAUCUAUAGGGAGACUUACCCCAGGCUGAGCAGAGAACAACAUGAAAAAAUGAGCAAGCUAUUGUCUCCACUGCCGCUGCAGGACGCCCUACGUCAGGUGGAAUUAUGUGGCCAAGAACUUUGCCCAGGCCCUGGGCUGUGUGCUCUAUGCCUGCUUCAUCCUGGGCCGCCUCUGUGUUCCUGUCUUUGCCAACAUGAGCCGAGAGCCCUUCAGCACCCGUGCCCUGGUGCUCUCUAUUCUGCAUGCCACGUUGCCAGGCAUCUUCAUGCUGCUACUCAUCUUCUUUGCCUUCCUCCAUUGCUGGCUCAACGCCUUUGCCGAGAUGCUACGAUUUGGAGACAGGAUGUUCUACCGGGACUGGUGGAACUCAACGUCCUUCUCCAACUACUACCGCACUUGGAACGUGGUGGUCCACGACUGGCUGUACAGCUACGUGUAUCAGGAUGGGCUGCGGGUACGGCCCUGCAGACCCCCCUUCAGCUCCCAGUUAAUGGAGGCUCUCUGUCCCUCCAGCUACAAUGUGGAGUCUACACCACUCACCUUUUCCAGGCCUAAGAGCCCUUUUGAUUUCAUCUGCCUUCAUUUUACCCAACCCAUUGGGUAGAAAGUCCUUGCAAUCUUAAUUUUCUUCCAUCUUUAUCCUUAAUUCCACCCUCCCCACGGGGCGUUGCUCCCCACCUUAGCCUUCUAAGGAACAUGGCAAUUUCCCAGCUACCAAGGCUGUGUAGGUAUGCUUAACCAGCACAGUAACCCUGAGAAGCCAGUAUUAUUAUAUCCUCAUUUUAUUUUUUUUCCUCUCACUUAUUUUUUUAUUGUGAUAAAAUAUACAUGACAGGCUGAGUGCAGUGGCUCACGCCUAUAAUCCCAGCACCCCGGAAGGACAAGGCAGGAGGACCACCCGAGCCCAGGAUUUCAAGACCAGCCUAAGCAACAUAGGAAGAUCCCGUCUCAAAAAAAAAUUUUUUUAAUAAGCAGGCAAGGUGGUCUACAGCUGCAGUCCCAGUUACUCAGGGGGCCGAGAUGGGCGGGUCGCUCUAGCCCAGCAGGUCAAGGCUGUACCGAACCGUGUAUACCGACCUCAUUUUAAAAUGGCAGCAAAGGUCCAAUGGGAUAGUAGCAUGCUCUUAAAUAAGAUGGACGUCACCCCUUCUGACCUCAGAUCCCAUAUGCUUUCCAGCACACCACACUCCCCCUGGCUUCCUUAAAGUGGGGGCUCUUUGUGGAGAAGCUCAGGGAGACCCACCCCUCACUCCUUCCCUCACCCUGCCAGCUCCUCGGUGGCCGGGCCCGACGGGCAGCCAUGCUGGGUGUGUUCCUG